GACAAGGAGGGAGGAUUGGUUGCCGCUAUCCCUCAGGUCUUCACGAAAUCGGCUCACUUGUUGUGUAUAUGGCACAUAAAGCGGAACAUUGAAGCUAAGAUGAUGGAUUUGGGGAUACCACAAGAAGUUGCUCGAGGAGUGGUACAUGGUUCUUGGAAGAAGGUGAUGGAAGCCACCACGCCACAUGCUAUGAUUGAGGAAUGGGAAAAUUUCAAAAAUGGAUUUUGGGGGAGGAAUAGUAAGUUGAUAGAAUACUUGGAUCGUGAGUGCUUGGAGCAUAAAGAGAAGUUGGCUUGUGCUUACACUAACAAUAUUUUUCAUAUUGGUAACACAAGUACGAAUAGGGUUGAAUCGGCUCACUCGACUCUUAAAGCUUGGUUAAACACUUCGACUGGGGAGUUUAUACAUUAUUUUUAUCAUGGCAUGCUAGCAUUGGGGGGCAAGUGAUCGAAAUUAGGAAAGAGCUAGAGACAUGUCGAACAAAGACAUUCAAAGGAUCCUAUGGACCACCCUACGUCGUUAUAAGGGGAAGUGUAAGCCUAUAUGCGCUUGAGUUGAUGUUUGUAGAGGGAAAGAAGACUCCGUCAGAAUGUGAUUGUGUGAUUGGGAGGACACAUGGGCUCCCAUGCAGUUGUCGAAUCAACUCCUUUAAAGGAGCGGGAGACCAUUUUCAGAUAACACACUUGGCACCAUUCUGGUCUACUUUGGACUAUGCUAACCCUCAUGAUGCAAGACGGUUCGAAGACAAUGACGCCAAUGAUCUUCAGAUUUUUCAUGAUCUAGUGGCUGAGGUGUGUAGACGUGGUCCAUCUGCAGUUCGAGCAGCCAAGGUCGCAUUAAUGAGCCAGCUUUACCCCGAAGAGGAAGGCCUUAGGGAGCCACGAGUGUCUACGAAGGCAAAAGGUCGGCCACCUAAAAGGGAAAACGCUCGUGAUCCUUCUUGGCAUGAGCACGCCGCCGCACGUCAAGGUAGAAGGAGCACAAGGAGGAAGAUAUCAACCUCAGAUGAUACAGUAACAGGUGCCCCGAAGGAUGCUACCAUCCACAAAAAGAGAAAAGCAACAACCUCAGAUGUUACAGGUGGCCCGAAAAGGGAUCCCAUGACCAAGAUUGAUGGAGUGAAUGUUUUUCCUUACUUUCGCUUCAUCCCAGAAAGUGUCAGAGAUCGAUGUCUUGGUUGGUGGGGCCAUGCUCCUGAUGGACAUUGCGGAUUUCGAGCUCUUUCACAUGCACUUCAUGGAGAUGAGGAUCACCACUUGUGGGUGAGAAAGGCUAUUAUAGAUGAAGUCAUGUCGAUCCAACAAUCCAAGCCAGGGGUAGCUCGCCCUAGCAAUGUGUUGGUGUUGUGUAACACCGACAACCAUUGGGUGCGCCUUGACUUUGAGGAGGAUUCAAUACCAAUGCCUCCAUUCACCUUCCUGUGGACCCAUUUCCGUGACAAAAUGAGUACUCAAGGGUGGGAGCAGUUGUUCAAGGACGAGCGAGAUCUUUACUUCGCACUUGGGGGUCAUCAUGACUAG